GGCAUAUUUUGACACUUGUUUUUACGAAAGACAAUAUGUUUAAGAAUUUAAAUUUGAAGUAAAGAAAUACGUAAAACUAGGCAGUAUGAUCGUAAGACUAUAGCCUGUCCUCUAAAAACGAAGAAAAAAAAUUUGUCACUUGUCAAAUGGUCAGCUGACAGCUAAGUAAACUUUGUUGACAAGUUGGAACAUGUUCAUGAAUAAGGUAAAAAAUAAAUGAUAUCGUCAACAAAAUAGUGUAGAAUGGAAUCAUUUCGUUGUUCAUUAACACCAGUAGAUUUGGUUUUUGUAAGUUUAGAAUAGUUUGAUUGGCUCAUACAUUAGCAUCAUGAACAAAGAAGUAAUAAGCGCAUCGAGUUUGAGAUGUUCAGCAAGAAUGAGGAUAAGAGAAGAAUGGUCAAGAUUGAAGGAAACAGACAAUCUCGUCACAACUCCAGAUAAAUUCAGCAAUAAACACCAAGGACAUCCAAAUACAAAUGAGAGACAAAAUGAAAAUUAUAUACCAUAUAUUAAAAACAUAAUUCCAGUACGGAGUACAAGAAAGCUAAUAAACAACAAGCCACAAACAAGUGACGUACUGAGAGGUGUAGUAGCAUUAGUAGAUGUGGGCUCGGAGUCCAGGGCACUAGCGUUGAGGGCAGCACUCACUGCAUUGGGAUCAAGUGUGGUGCCCAAAUGGAGUCCAUUAGUUACCCACCUCAUCUGGUCACAAGGUGGUGACCGCGCAAUCCGUGCGAAAGCUCGAGCUCUGGCUUGCAGACUGGUGUCUCCGUUAUGGGUGGAAGCUUGUGCAGCAUCAGCUAAGCGGUUGCCGGAGCAAUCCUUCCCGGCUGCUCCCAGACCUUCCGAUCUACCUUCGCCGAGGACUUUGAAGCAAAUGCUGAAAAAAGCAGACAUGGAAAACCUGCCACUAAGCGGUCUACUAACAAACAGUAAAGAUGAGAUGGAAAUGAAGGAGUUACGUCUGAGGAUAUCCAGCGAGACGGAUCGCAACACGAGCAGCGACGCGAACACCACGCGCGACACAUCGCGGGAUAAGUCGCGGGAUACUACCGACGUGGAGAGUCGCGUGAACACGGCGCCGCGGCGGGCGAUGCCCAUGUCCUUGUCGACCAGCCCACUACCACCCAAGAACUCCAGGAGAAAACUGUUCACCCACAAGGAUCCAGACAUCACCAGGACCACGGAUGAUGAUUCUGAAGCAGAAAACACAAACAAAAAGCGAACACAGAGGCCCCGCGUGCGACUCACGCAGAAGGACCGGCGCGACCUCGCCCGCGCUGAACGCAUGGCGCGCAGGAUGCUCGCCGCCACACACCCUGCACCUCCUGCACCUCCUGCACCUCCUGCACACGCCGACACUGCACCCAGGAUAGUGCUCACAGGAAUGAACCGUACGGAACGUCAAAGCGUAUCGACCGCAAUAAAGUCUCUCGGUGGCCGCAUCCAGACCUCUGUUAAUAAGAGAACCACGCAUGUGUUGCUCGGGUCCUGCAGGGAGAACAAUAACCAGGAUAUAACUGGUGUAACAGUUCAAAGCGGUGUGGACACAAGUUUCCGCGCCACAGACCGCGAGGUGCAGAAGGCCAGGACGCUGAACGCGCUGCUCGGCGCCGCGCGCGGCUGCAGGCUGCUGCACCUGCACUGGGCGCUCCACAGCGCCGCGCAGGGACGGUGGCUGCACCACGUGGGGUACGAGGUUGAACAUUUGAAGAAGAUAUCGCAGAAAGCGAGAAUAGAGCGUACAGCACUCGGCCAACAGCGUGCAAAUUACUCCUACGACGUUUUUGGCGGCACUAAAGUACUAAUAACCAACGACGCGCAACAAAAAGAUGCUGCGAUACAACUCCUGACAAUUUGCGGAGCUAUCGUUAUAGAUGGCGCCCGAUACCAACAUGGCGGACAGACACAAAAUGGCGGACCCAACCCAAAUGGCGCGAAAAGUCAGACCGGCGCCAAAACGCAAAACAAAGAUGGCGGCGAAAAUCAAGAUGGAAGAAAUAAAUCGGGUGAUUUUGACGUGAAAAUCGGUGUUGCGCCCGGUGAAGUGAGUUCUAAGUGGGUGUUUGAUAGUGUGGCCAGUGCGAGAAUGAGAACUAUUAGGAGAUAUGUUAUAUAAGCGAAAAAGUUGUUUUUUUUUGUUUUCAAGCCGGUACAUUUAAGACUAUUUCGGUGUUGUAGUAUUAUGUAGCGGAAACACCGCUGUGAUGUCCCGAAUUCAUCCCAAGUCGGGCAAAUUGAUAUUGUAUUUUUCUGUUCAAUAUCAGCCUAGCCUAAUAGGGUCGCCUCUUAUCACAUUAUAGGACUGAACAUACUUGGCGAAAAAUGUGUGACUUGGUUGCACCUCUGCCUGCCCCUUUGAUCGACGUAAUGUCUUUGUUUUUUUAAAUCUAAGAUGGGAGAUUACAUUAAGCGAUAUUGUAUUUUAAUACCCUUGUAAUAAGGUACGCCAAUUGUUAUGCAAAUUGAAACCACGCCAAUUGUUUCAGCAAUCAUUAAGAAAAAAAUAAGUUGUCCUAUAAGUAGGAAAAUGGCAAAAGGCUAUCCUUUGUUAAAAUUGUGUCGACUGGCGAAGGAUAAUCUCUCAUCUUUCAACACUAUAUGGGCCCAUUCUGCGUAAGGGGGAAGAUAAAAGACGUAAAUGAAAUUGAAAGUUUUAAUGGCAUUUUGCAUGUUUUAAAUUACGACGUUAUUUAUUAUUUAUUUGAAAUUUCGUAGUCUCUUUGUAGGCCUCUUUCUUUAAUGAAAUUCACGAUGUUUUUGUUUUAAUUUUUUUAAUACUUAUUUACAAUUUUAUGCGUUUUAAUAAUACAAUGUUUUUUAAAUGAUCUCUGUUUACAUCACUGAUUAAAUAUGUACCAAAAACA